AUGUCUCUCGAAACUAUUACCACUAUCUCCCCGGCUACCAAUGAGCCCGUGGUCACUCGAACCGGCGUUUCCUCGGAGGAAUUGAGACAGAUUCCCGAGAACGCCCAGGUGGCAUUCCGCUCCUUCUCGCAGUCCACUAGCUUGGAACAACGACAGAAGCUUGUGGAGCGUGCUCUUGACAUUUUGGAAAAGAAGCAGGAUGAGCUGGCACGCGAAGUUACAGAGCAGAUGGGCCGGCCCAUCGCCUAUAGCGGCGUUGAAGUCGCGACCGCUAUUAAGCGUUGUCGCUAUCUGACACGCAUCAGCACGUCUGUGCUUGGCGAAGAAGGCAUUGUUCCUGGAGAGGAAGAGAAGGGCUUCCGACGAUACAUCAAGCGGUCUGCCGUCGGCGUGGUGCUGGUCAUUUUCCCAUGGAACUACCCCUACCUCACCCUUGUCAACAGCUUGAUCCCCGCAAUCCUCGCCGGAAACGCAGUCAUCAUCAAGCCCUCCCCCCAAACUCCCACAAUCGUCGAGCAUUUCGCCUCCGCUUUUGCCGAAGCCGGUCUUCCCCAAAACGUGCUGCAGUUCUUCCAUUGUGGAUCUUUCACUUUGCUUGAGACUCUGGUCCGCUCCCCUCUCGUGAACCACAUUUGCUUCACUGGCUCCGAAGCCGGUGGACUGGCAGUUCAAAAGGCAGCCGCAGACCGAAUCGUGAAUGUUGGACUAGAGUUGGGUGGUAAGGACCCGGCCUACGUUCGCGAGGACGUGGACCUCGCCUGGGCUGCCGAGGAAGUUGUCGACGGAGCUAUCUUCAACAGCGGGCAGAGCUGUUGCGCCAUUGAGCGGGUAUAUGUCCACGAGAAGGUGUACGAUGGCUUCAUUGCCGAGGUGAAGAAGGUCCUCAGCAACUACCGUGUUGGUGAGCCAUCUGAUCCAAACACCCAAAUCGGACCUGUUGUUUCCAAACAAGCAAAGCAAUCAAUUUUGGCUCAAAUCGAGGCCGCUGUCAAGGCUGGCGCCAAGAAUGAGACCCCUGCCAACGCAACCUUUGAGAACUUCCCUCCCAAUGGCAACUACGUCAAGCCUACAUUGCUCACAGGUGUCACACAUGAAAUGGCUAUCAUGAAGGAUGAAACCUUCGGCCCAGUCAUUCCUGUCAUGAAGGUUUCGGGUGACGACGAAGCUGUGCGCCUGAUGAAUGAUAGCAACUUUGGUCUCACUGCCAGUGUCUGGAGUAAGGACGUUGCGGCGGCUGAGAAGCUAGUUGACCGCGUCGAGGCUGGUACCGUCUUUGUCAACCGCUCCGACUACCCUAGCCCCGAUCUCGCUUGGACCGGUUGGAAGAACUCUGGUCGUGGAGUCACACUGAGCAGAUUCGGAUUCGAACAGUUCGUCAAGCUCAAGAGCCACCACAUCAAGGAUUACCCCAAAUAA